AAAAUGUUUUCAAUGAUGAUUUCUUUGAAAAUUUAGAUGGUGUUACAAAUGCUCUGGACAAUGUUGAUGCACGAAGAUAUGUGGAUAGAAGGUGUGUGUAUUACAGAAAACCUUUAUUAGAAUCUGGAACUUUGGGUACAAAAGGCAACACGCAAGUUGUGAUUCCUUACUUAACAGAAUCCUAUUCAUCAUCACAAGAUCCUCCUGAAAAAUCUAUUCCAAGCUGUACACUAAAAAAUUUCCCUAAUGCUAUUGAACACACCAUUCAAUGGGCCCGUGAUCUUUUCGAGGGAUUAUUUAAAUCUCCGGCAGAAAAUGUCAAUUUAUAUUUAAGCCAACAAAAUUAUAUUGAUUCUGUCUUAAAACAAGGCGGAAAUUCCAAAGAAGUUAUAGAGAUAAUUAAAAAUUUUUUAGUUACAUCUAAGCCAUUAAGUUUUGAUAAUUGUAUUGUAUGGGGCAGAUUGAAGUUCGAAGAAUAUUUUAAUAAUAAUAUUCAACAAUUGCUUUUUAAUUUUCCAAAAGAUUCUCUUACAUCAUCGGGCACAAACUUUUGGUCAGCAGCAGCAAAUUUACACGCAUUUAAUUAUGGUUUAAAAGGGGAAAUUGAUCGUGAAUAUAUAAAAAGUGUUUUAAAUAAUGUAAUUGUACCUGAAUUUACACCAAGAGCUGGUGUAAAGAUUCAAGUUCAAGAAAAUGAGACAAUUCAACAAGCGAGUAUUGAUGAACAAGAAUUAGAAGAACUGAUUUCAAGUUUACCACAGCCAUCGUCACUAGCGGGAUAUCGAUUGAAUCCAGUGGAAUUCGAGAAAGAUGACGACUCAAAUUUUCAUAUUGACUUUAUUACAGCAACUUCGAAUUUGCGAGCAACAAAUUAUAGUAUUCAACCUGCUGAUCGUCAUAAAACAAAAUUCAUAGCUGGUAAAAUCAUUCCGGCAAUUGCAACAACAACUUCUUUGAUAACAGGUUUGGUUUGUUUAGAACUGUACAAGAUAAUUGCAGGAAAAAAUAAACUUGAAGAUUAUAAAAAUGGUUUUGUUAAUUUGGCAUUGCCAUUCAUCGGAUUUUCCGAACCUAUUGCUAUGCCGAAAUUCAAGUAUCAUGAUGUUGAAUGGAGCAUAUGGGAUCGGUUUGAAGUUGAUGGAGAUCUUACUCUUCAAGAAUUUUUUGGAUCAUUUCAAAAAUCAACAUGA